UGUAAAUCCUGCAGCGAUUCGUGUUCCCGUCCCUUCCCGGCUUCCCUUCCCCAGUCCCCAAAGGCCCAAACCCUAGCACCACGAUUCACGAUUGACCUUCUUCCUCCGCGCUCCCAGCCGGCGAUGCCGCAACCUCAUCCCCGCAUCCAGGGUGGCACUGAGCCCUAUGGGCAGAUCAGGAUUCCUCGCAUCCAGGGUGGCGCUGAGCCCUAUGGGCAGAUCAGGAUUCCCGACGGCUUACUGUUCAAUGUCUUCCGCGCCCCGGACGGGAGAUUCUACACCGACCAUCCUCGCGUGAAGGGGCCGUUUCGCAACUACUUGCGCCUCAGAAAUGCAAUCUGUCACUUUUUUGGCUGCCGAAACCUGCAGCUGAGGGUGACGCAAGGCGGACCCACCAUCCGUCCCCGGGGAACCCGUCGAGCCUCGGCACCGGUGGUAACAGAGGACUCGCCAUCUCUGCCCCUACCGCCGCCGCCGCCGCCGCCUCCUCCGUCUGACCUUGUGGCUGCUGUUGCUGAGUCUGCAUCCGCACUAACUCUGCAAGAUGCAGAUGUUUCAUCCUCGGAGGAGUUGCUCUCAUCAUCAGAAGAAUCAAUCACUUCCAGUCCUCGGACAGUGCCGCAUAGCACCAUUAAUAGUUCGUCAAGCUUUUCCCCCUUCAGACUUGAGAAGCUUAUGGCAGGUGCUGCCGAGUCUGCAUCUGCACAAACCCUUAAAGAAGCAGAUGUUUCAUCCUCUGAGGAGUUGCUUGACGCUACAUCAUCUGCAGAAUUGAGCACUGCCAGUCCAAGUAGUGUGUUGCCUGACACAGCUGACAACUCUCCACCAUCAGCUUCUUCUGUUGGGCCUCCCAUUCUGUUGUGCAGGCCCCCGAAUUGGUAUCAGGACUUUUACAUUAGGACGGAUCGGAAAGGAUAUCUGCAGAUGUAUCCUGAUCUGGGCGGGCCAUUUGGAAGCUUGCAGGAAGCUGAAGCUGCUGUCAAUCGUCAUCUUGACAAACGGCGGCUCCCAGAAAUAUGCCAGAAGCCAUCCGAAGGUCCUCGUGCAGAGUGGCUUAUUAAACAAUGUCUUUACUAUCCCGAUGGCAUGCCAAAGAGAGGCCCCAAUGCACCACGCAAGAAUUCCAAGCAUCACAUGCGUCCCUUGGUUAAAGCUGUAGUGGACCAGUAUAAUGAUUAUAACAAUCUUUACAAGGAUCUUGCACAUGAACUCGAAGAUCUUGUGAGCUUUGACUGGAUGUAUGAGAAUAAUAAGACUUAUUAUCAUUUUAACUUCACAACAAAGGCGAACAAAGCUGAUGAUGUCAAUCUAUUCUUUGCUGAAGUGAUGUGCAUAAAAAAUGGUUAUGCGGUCACCUGUUGUUGCAUGAUCAAACCUAAAGAUGAUGGUUGUUGCUAUGGUUGCACCAAUCCUAAGCAGAAUGUUAUACACCCAAAUAAUAGUUGUGCAUACAUUGGGGGGCAUGUGAAUGGAAAUGUGCCAUUUGGAGGUGAUGAUUACUCUAGCGAUGAGGAUGAUGAAGCUUUUGUGGCCAGACUAAGGUUUUUUUUUAAGGGGCAGUGAAGAGGCGUUGGCGGAGAAUUAAGAGCGGUGGAGCACGUUGUACUACAUCUGUUGCUGAUAUCUGCCGUGUCAAAGUUCAUUUUUUAUGGGUGCUAUUCUCAGUUUUUAUCCCUCCCCUCACCUGUGAGGGUUGUUUUUGUUUAUUUGAGUGUUAGAGUCUGGAUCGAAUUAUAUGAUAUAUAUUGUAAUGGGGAAGAUGUCUGUUCUGUUACAAUUCGGAUAAUAUUAUUAUAUUAUUAAACAAUGUCAUACUAUGCUUAUAUAGUGAUAAUACCAUGUAGCGGAAAUGUAAUUGCUUAA